AUGCUUGUGAAAGGCAACUUCAAGACUGUGAUCGAACUACCUAAAUAUGUUGAUGCUAACGAAUGGCUUGCAUUUAAUAGUAAUGUCGAAUAUACCUGGACAGAUAGUCAGUCAAAGAAACUAAAACUCCCUGCUCCUCAGUAUAUUGAUUACAUGGCAACAAGUAUAGAAAACUUAUUGAGUGAUGAAUCUAUAUUCCCCACCAAAGCUGGUCGAGAUUUCCCCCGCGAAAUGAUCGUUGUGGUACGACGUAUCUUUAGUCAAUUGUUUCGAUUGUUUGCUCAUAUUUAUUAUCAUCACUAUGAUAAGGUACUUUCUCUCCACGAAGAACCUCAUUUCAACUCGCUAUUUGCCCAUUUUAUCUCUUUUAGCAGAGAAUUUGACUUAUUGGAUAAGAAGGAAUUACAACCAUUGCAACCGUUAAUCGAUAUCUAUAUUAAGAAUGAAAUGAUAUAAAAUAAACAUAUUGAAGAUCAUUCCCUUGAUUAUCCCCGCUUUUAUAUAUAUAUAUUCACUUGUCAAUCAUCUCAUUUUCAGUCCAUAUAAUGUUGAAAUCCAUGUACUCUUUCAAAUCAUAUCGUAUAUUACUGUGAAGAAAAAUAAAAUGGCAAAAGGAAAUAAGUUUCUUCCAUACAUAUAUAUAUACAC